ACUAGACUACAGUAGACUGGAGGAACAGGCAGCCGUCCAUUUCGGCAUUUCCUCCCCACCAACCCCAUCGAAUUCUCAGAGACGAUGAAGGCGUCGUUGAGAGCUAGGUAUGAGCCGGAGAAGGCCACCGCAGUUGCCACCGUAAGUGUAAACGCCGGAGACUUCAAGGUUCGCGCCUCCAUGACAGAUGCUACCUUCGCGAACGGACCUAGCUUGAACGGAUUGGUCGUUGCUGUCGAGAAGCCGGGAUUCUUCACUGUCGACUACAACGUUCCCAGUAAAGAUUUUAAGUUUCAGUUUAUGAACACGGUUACGGUAGCACAGAAACCGUUGAAAUUGACUUAUAUUCACAACAAAGGGGACGGGCGCACGAUGUUGGAUGGGAAUCUGGUGAUUGAUUCGGGGAAUAAGGUUUCUGCAAAUCAUGUGCUUGGCACUAAGAAUACAAAGCUGAAAUACACUUAUUUGCAUGAAGGUCUGACAGCAUUGGAGCCCUGCUAUGACUUUGGGAAGAAUGCUUGGGACUUUGCUAUUUCACGCAAGGUCUAUGGGGACGAUGUAUUGAAGGCUACAUAUCAGACGUCAAGCAAGAAUUUAGGGCUUGAGUGGUCACGAAACUCGAAGCUGAAUGGAUCAUUUAAGAUUACAGCAUCUGUCAAUUUGGCAGAAGAGCGAAAGGUUCCAAAACUAUGCGCGGAGAGUAGCUGGGACUUCGAAAUGUAAUCUCCUUUACUUGGAUUCAUCUGCUAAAAUUGAAGGAUCAUGUAAGGCAAGGGCUGCCAUAAUUCUUGUUUACAGUUCAAUUUACUUCAGUUUUCUGAUGCUACUGAGAGCUGGUGAACAGUUUCUUGAAGUAUUGGAUCGUACACCAUUAAUAAAUCUUUGUUUCCCAUUUGGAAAUGGUAUGACAAGUUCCAAGGUUUUGUUUCCA